CGGCUGCAAUAGCAGCAGCAGUAGCAGCACGUGCGGCGGCGGCGGCGGUUGUUUCGGUUGGCGCUCUAGGGCUCGACGCCUCCGCCUCCUGGGCCUCCCAGCAGCAGAGUCUCUCCGUGGGCACCAUUUUGUUUGCGGGCGAGUGAGGCGGCGUCGAAAGAGAGAGAAGAAGGAGAAGAGGCUCCGCUGGGCGCCAUGGCAGACGAGGACUGGGAGAACGAGAUCAAGGGCCAGGCUGGGGCCGCCAGCAAAGCAGCAGAGGACGCCGCCGCCGCCGCCGCCGCCUCCUUCCCGGUCUUCCAGCCCGGCUUCCAGAAAAGGGGGAAUUUAUCUGGCAGAAUAAAUGAAACAACAUGCGAUUUCAGCCAGAUACCAGGUGUUGGUGAAAAACCAAAUGGAGAGGAGAAGCUAACACGCAAAUUUGGAAGUGGAAAGGUGUUCGGAAGUAGAGGUGUACCAGGAAAUAGGUUUGAAGAUAGAAAGUGUUCACCUUUUGAGAAAGGAGUUGUUGAUAGUGAGGACAGCCAAUCAGACAGAGCAGGUCUAGGGAGAGGAGGAAUGAGUGAUGGUGUUCGUAGGGGUGGAAGAGGAUCAUUUCGAGGUGGCAGAGGAGGAUUUGGGCUAUCUACAAAUGAUGAAUAUGAGAAGCAGGAUGUAAGACCAAAUUCUGGUAACUUUGGCUUUAAAAGAGGAGGUUUUGGUGCUUCAGCAGGUGACUUUGAAAAUAGAGGUAGAGGAAGCAGAGGGGGAUACAAAGGAAACAAUGAAGAAAUAACAGGAGGUCCUGGAAAAAGUAUGUGGAAAUCAGAUGGAGACACAGAAAAGGGUGACUGUGGAGGUCCAAAGGUGACAUAUGUACCACCACCACCACCAGAUGGUGAAGAUGCCAUCUUUGCACGUUACCAGACUGGAAUAAAUUUUGACAAAUAUGAUAACAUACUUGUAGAAGUUUCAGGACUUGAUCCCCCACCAGCAAUACUGACAUUUGAAGAAGCUAAUCUGUGCCAAACAUUAGUCAAGAACAUUGCUAGAGCUGGAUAUUUUAAACUUACUCCAGUGCAGAAAUACAGUAUCCCUAUUGUGCUGGCAGGACGUGAUUUAAUGGCAUGUGCUCAGACAGGAUCUGGGAAGACAGCAGCUUUUCUUCUACCAAUUUUGGCUCAUAUGAUGCGUGAUGGCGUUACUGCUAGUCAAUUCAAAGAGCAACAAGAACCAGAAUGUAUAAUUGUAGCUCCAACUAGAGAACUGAUAAACCAGAUCUUUCUGGAAUCAAGAAAAUUUUCCUAUGGAACAUGUAUAAGGCCAGUUGUCAUUUAUGGAGGUAUACAAAUGGGUCAUACAAUUCAUCAGAUAAUGCAAGGGUGUAAUAUAUUGUGUGCUACCCCAGGAAGGCUGUUGGAUAUCAUAAACAGAGGAAAGAUUGGGCUGAGCAAGUUAAAAUAUUUGGUGUUAGAUGAAGCAGACCGUAUGCUGGACAUGGGAUUUGGUCCUGAAAUGAAGAAAUUGAUUUCAAGCCCAGGCAUGCCUUCAAAGGAUCAACGUCAAACACUUAUGUUUAGUGCUACCUUUCCUGAAGAAAUCCAGAGACUGGCUGGAGAAUUUUUGAAGACGGACUACUUAUUUGUUGUUGUUGGACAAGUGGGUGGCGCCUGCAGCGAUGUUCAGCAGACUAUACUUCAAGUAAAUCAGUAUGACAAGAGAGAGAAGCUUGUUGAGAUUCUUGGUGGCAUAGCUAACGAGCGAACAAUGGUGUUUGUGGAAACUAAGAAAAAAGCAGACUUCAUUGCAACUUUACUUUGUCAGGAACAUAUACCAACAACAAGUAUACAUGGUGAUCGAGAGCAGAGAGAACGAGAAGAAGCUCUUCGUUGUUUUCGUUCUGGAAAAUGCCCUGUGCUUGUUGCCACAUCAGUGGCAGCAAGGGGCCUGGAUAUUGAAAAUGUUCAACAUGUUAUAAAUUUUGAUCUCCCUUCUACGAUUGAUGAAUAUGUUCAUAGAAUUGGACGAACUGGGCGCUGUGGUAAUAUAGGCAAGGCAAUUUCUUUCUUUGACUCUCAUACAGACAGUUCUAUUGCUCAGCCUCUGGUCAAAGUGCUAGCAGAUGCUCAACAAGAAGUACCAGCCUGGCUAGAAGAAAUUGCUUGUACUGCUUGUGGAAUUGGCUUUAGCACUCCAAGGGGAAAUAUGUUUGCAUCUGUUGAUUCUCGAAAGGUUUUCCAUGGCAAAGAGAACGAACACAGUGGAGGACAUGCAGCUGAUGAAUCAUGGGAUUAGGGCUACCUUCUGACAUGGGAAAAAGCUUUCAGUUUACAGGAUCUUUCAAAUAACAUGGUUGGAAUAGGAUGGAGGGAAUUGACUGGAACUUAAAACACAAUUCCUGGUUUGAGUCCCUGCGAUUUCAGUGAUGCUUCCAAGUAAAUGCGUUUAAGAUUAUGACCUUAAAAUGUUUGAAGAAAUGCUUUAUGCAGCCAAUCCUUUGUGUUCAGAAAAUACAGAUUGACUAAACAUACUAGAGUUAGAAUUAAUUUAGUUUAAGUUCAGUGGUUGUGUGGAGUAACACUUUGUUAUAAAGAGCUGUUGUAGAUUAUUGUAAAAAUUCUAAAUAAAAAUUUAGGAUCAUG